UUUUAUUUUUAGCCAGUAAAAUAAUGAAACCUAGUUUUAUAGCUGAAAAUAAAAUUAAUGUAAUUAUAAAUGCAAUGGAUAAUGACUUAGCUUUUCUGCAUCCAACUGAGAUUGAUUGUGGCGUUGAAUAUCAAUUAGCAUUGCAAACAAAAAAUAUCAACAAUGAAAUGCGAAAGGAAGUCCAAUACCGGGUUUUUAAUUACAUUAAAAGUUUAUGCCAAGAGCUAUGUACAAGAUUGCCAACGAAUCUAGAAUUUUAUUAUAAGCUAAGCGCUAUAUCACCAAAAACUUGUUUAAGCAAAGAACGCCCUGCUUUUAUGCAGUUGCCAUUCGUUAAAGAAUUGAUCCCACGUAGUUUAUUAGGAAAGGUUGAAUCUCAAUAUGCUAAGCUUAUGACAAUAGAUUUACGUUCUAAACUGAGUGAAGAAGAGUUGACGGAUAGUAAUAAAUUUUGGGUGGCAACAUACAAUUUAACAAACGCCAGUGGUGCAUUUCCAUUAAGAGAGUUAUCUCAUCACAUGCUUACUCUAUUGAGUUUACCCUCAAGCAACGCUGUUGUGGAAAGGGCAUUUUCGAUCAUGAAUUUAAUUAAAACUAAAACCAAAAAUAGAUUAGAGUUAAUUUCUCUAGAUUCUUUGCUACGUAUAAGAUUAAAUUUUUAUUCAAACG